CCAUAGGCCGCGGGAGCGCCCGCCCCCGGCCGCCUGUGGCGGGCGCGGCCGCUCGGCCGCCCUCACUCCGCGCUCCGCGCCGGGCCGCGCCGGGCGAUGCCGUGCGGGCAGCCCGACGGCGGGGCCGCCCCGGCGCGGUACGUGCUGGGGGUGGACGUGGGCAGCACGGUGGUGAAGUGCCACGUCUACGACCGGGCGGCCGCCGUCAGGGGUUCCAGCCACAGGAAGAUAGAAUCACUUUAUCCUCGUCCUGGAUGGGUUGAAUUAGAUCCUGAAGUGCUAUGGAGUCAAUUCAUUGGUGUAAUAAAAGAGGCUGUACAAGCUGCAGGACUUCACAUGAGGCAAAUUGCUGGUCUUGGCAUCUCCACCCAGAGAGGAACUUUCAUUACAUGGCACAAGAGGACAGGGAAACCCUUUCAUAAUUUCAUAAGUUGGCAAGACUUAAGAAGUGCUGAACUUGUGAAUUCCUGGAAUAACUCCCUUCUGCUGAAGGUAAUCCAUGUUAUUUUUACAGUGCUUCAUUUCUUGACUGGGAAUGGUCGAUAUUUGGCACCCAGUUUUCUUACUUUUUCAACACAUCAAGCUUCUAUGAAGUUGUCAUGGGUUUUUAAAAACAUACAUGAGGCUGAAGAAGCUGCCAAAAAAAACAACUGCUGCUUUGGAACGGUUGACACAUGGUUACUGUACAGAUUGACUAAAGGUUCUGUGUAUGCUACAGAUUACUCAAAUGCCAGUUCCACAGGCAUUUUUGAACCCUUUACGAAAUGUUGGAAUCCCACUUUGUGUAAUCUGCUUUCUAUUCCAGUGUCUAUUUAUCCACCAGUGAGAGACACAAGCUUCAACUUUGGAUCAACUGACUCUGAAAUAUUUGGGGUACCUAUUCCAAUAACGGCAGUGGUAGCUGAUCAGCAGUCAGCUAUGUUUGGAGAAUGCUGCUUUCACCCAGGAGAUGUUAAACUGACAAUGGGAACAGGUGGCUUCUGGAAUGUGAAUACUGGAGAGCAUCUCUUUGCAUCACGGGGAAGUCUUUAUCCUCUGAUCGGUUGGAAGAUUGGGGAAGAAGUUGUUUAUUUAGCUGAAGGCUCUAUAUCGGAUGUCGGCACUGCCAUAAAAUGGGCUCUGGAUAUAGAACUUUUCACCAGUGUAGAUGAAACAGCAGAAAUGGCACAGAGUACUGCUGAUUCUCAAGGUGUUUGUUUCAUUCCAGGUUUGCAGGUUUCUGGGGAUGACCCAUAUUUAUGUGCCUCUUUCACGGGGCUGAAACCUUCCACUAAGAGAAACCAUCUUGUUCGAGCUAUAUUGGAAUCUGUAGCUUUCAGAAACAAACUGCUUUAUGAUAUCAUUGUGAAGAAGGUGCACAUUCCUCUUCGAACUAUUCGAGCUGAUGGAGGUGUCAGUAAUAAUAGUUUUGUCAUGCAGAUGACAUCAGAUUUAAUUAAUAAGAAAAUAGAAAAACCUGCAAAUGCAGAAAUGUCUAGUCUUGGUGCAGCUUUUCUAGCAGGCCUUGCUUCAGGAUUUUGGACAGACAAAAACCAACUAAAGAAGCUAAGGCAAAUAGAAGCAGUGUUUGAGCCCCAAAAGGAUUCAGAGGAAUACAGACCUGCUAUGGAUGCAUGGCUGCGAGCAAUGAAACAUUCACCACACUGGUAGAAAUUUGUAUUUUCAUUUUAGAAGAAUUAAGAUGGUUAAAUUCAUAUUUUAUAACAUCUUGACAUUAACAGGACAGUAAAAAAUCAUAACUGAAAUUUGUGAUGGUGUAUUAUAAGUCGUGUGGUAUUUCAGUUCCCCCCCUGCUGCUGGAUUACUUACCAUACUGUAAUGAACCUUCCCAUCAUCCCUGUGGCAGCUGUGGUCCAGCUGCAGCAUUUGUGUCCCUUCAGUGACCUCCUUUGGGUGGCCCAGCUGCUCAAAUCCUACUAUGUACUGCCCAUGGGCUGUUCUAACUGUGAUGGGUUUUUCACUGAGCAGCUCGCCUCCCUUUGGAGCUUUAAAAUCUUGCUUAUGUUCAUCAUCCAGGAAGGGUAAAAGGCACAUUGACUCUCCUAGGCAUUGCUAAGAAACAAAAUGAUUGCUGGGGCUGGGUUGUGAGGAAUUCAAUUGUUUUCCAAGUCAUUGCUUUGGUAGUAGCCUGUUACCACCUUUUGGUUGACACUAGAUGCUGUGGUCACAUUAUUUGUGCACUAGAUCAAGAUGAAAUACAAAAGCAAAUAGGCUUUUAACACUCCAUUAAAAAAAAAA